GCCGCAGACCGGCAGAUUAGCCCUGCUCAAUGCGCUUUGAGGACACGGCGGAACAGCAUCUGAACAGACGAGCGAAGCUUCAUCUUAGGCAACCACCGGCUCAUUUUAAUAUCUGUGCCUGCAGGAUCUAAACGACUCAGUUACUGUGUCUUUUGUGAUUCUUCAGUCUCUAAGGAAUGCCCAGAGAGCUCACCCAGAACAGGAUCCAAAAGAUCUGGGUUCCCACCAAGGAUGACAAGCGAAGAGGAGCUGGCGCCCCUCACUUCGCCAACCCGCCCACUGUCAUUGUGAUGGUGGGCCUCCCGGCUAGAGGCAAGACGUACAUGUCCAAGAAACUCACCCGCUACCUCAACUGGAUUGGCAUGCCCACCAAAGUCUUCAAUGUAGGAGAGUACCGCAGGGAGGCCGUCAAGAACUACAGUUCCUAUGACUUCUUCAAGUCUGAUAAUGAAUGUGCCGUCAAAAUCAGGGAGCAGUGUGCCUUAGCAGCCUUAAGAGAUGUUAAGUCCUAUUUGAAGGAUGAGGGAGGCCAAGUGGCGGUCUUUGAUGCCACUAACACAACCAGAGAGAGGCGAGACUUGAUCCUCACGUUCGGCAGGGAAAAUGAUUUUAAGAUCUUCUUUAUUGAGUCUGUGUGUGAGGAUCCCAGUGUCAUUGCGUCAAACAUCAUGGAAGUGAAGGUGUCCUGUCCGGAUUACCGGGACUGCAACAAGACGGACGCCAUGAUGGAUUUCCAAAAGAGAAUUGAAUGUUACAGAACCAGCUACCAACCUCUGGACCCGGAUCAGUAUGACAGGGGUCUUUCUUUCAUCAAGGUAAUCGACGUGGGUCGCCGUUUUCUUGUCAACCGUAUCCAGGACCACAUUCAGAGUAAGAUUGUCUACUACUUGAUGAAUAUCCACGUCCAGCCACGUACCAUCUACCUGUGCAGACAUGGAGAGAGUAUAGACAACCUGGAGGGACGACUGGGUGGCGACUCUGGACUCUCGACACAGGGCCGACAGUUUUCCACUGCUUUGGCUCGCUUUGUGGAGGAGCAGCAGCUGAAGGACCUGAAGGUCUGGACCAGCCAACUGCGCCGCAGCAUCCAGACUGUUGAGCACCUGGGAGUCCCUUACGAACAGUGGAAGGCACUUAAUGAGAUUGACGCUGGAGUGUGCGAGGAGAUGACAUACGACGAGGUGAAAGAGAAAUUCCCCGAAGAGUUUGCACUGAGAGAUGAAGAUAAAUACUACUACCGCUACCCCGCUGGAGAGUCCUACCAAGACCUGGUCCAACGGGUGGAGCCUGUCAUUAUGGAGCUGGAGAGGCAGGAGAAUGUCUUAGUUAUCUGCCACCAGGCUGUCAUGCGCUGCCUGCUUGCUUACUUCUUGGAUAAGAGUGCAGAUGAGAUGCCCUACCUGAAGUGUCCCCUCCACACGGUACUGAAGCUCACUCCGGUUGCCUAUGGAUGCAAAGUGGAGUCUAUCCAUCUGAAUGUGGAGGCAGUAAACACCCACAGAGACAGACCAGAGGAGGUUAAGCGGGGUCCUGGCACAUUGAUCAGGAGAAACAGCGUGACUCCUUUGACCAGCCCAGAGUCCAACAUCAAGAAACCUCGCAUCGAUGACCUGGACGAGGCUCCGAUCCAAGAGCUACCCAACUCUGUGGCCUCGCUGGCUCUCUGCAACUCCUCACACCUCCCCCUCACUCUGGCUGGACAGCACUGGCUGGGCAAAGUUUGCCUACGCACCAUCCUCCACUAUCUAAAGGUGGUUUCACUCUUAGUCUUUCAAAGGUAAACACACUGAAGGCUUUGCAGUUGCUUUAUAGUUCUGCCAGCAGUCAUCUGUGACACAAAUAAAAAAUUUGAAUACUUUAAACAUCUACCAAUUGGACUAAUCCCAGAGUUGCAAUAUAAAGCACUGACACAAAUGUUAAUAUGCAUAAGCUAUCUUCUGCUAGUUACUCUAUUUUUCUGCUCAAACACAUUUACAAUACAGCUGUAAUGCAGGUUUUAGGACUUCUUUAAGUUUCUGUUCGCAUCAGCUUAAGGCAGCAACAUAGUUCCUAUUCUUUAUGUAGUUGACUGAAUAACUUUGUGGUUGCAUCAGCUGAAUUGGCCGGUUUGCACUAGUUUAGCUGGUGCAUUAGAAAGGUAUGAACACAUUGUGUGUGCGUGCCAUUAUCAUCACCUUAAUUUAAAAUCACCCGUCGAUCACAGUGUUGUAGCCAUAGCAACCUGUUCACAAACACAGGAAGUAUGAUAUCUAAGAGGAAGUACAGUUAUAAAGAAAGUCUCAGGUGAUGUAACUUUGCUUUUUGUGCUGUUGGUCAGCUUGUCGGCCACAUGGUGCAUACUUGUUGGAUGAGUCACUA